AUGCACUUUGAACUAUCCUAUCCAAAUCUUAGGAUGCUUUGCAAGGAUAUUGAGAUGACAAAUCCAGGAAGCAUGACAAAGCUUAGCAGGUCAUCUGACAACUCAUUGAGACUUUUUAUUGCAUGUAAAGCUGCAAUUUGUUGUUUCAAGAAAGCGUGUCAACCAGUUGUGAGGCUUGAUCGUAUGAAGAUGAAAGGAGAAUACCUAGGUGAGUGGAUUUUAGCCAGUGCCAUUGAUGCUACCUGCGAUGAUUUCCUAGUCUCAUAUGCAUUUGUUGAAUCGGAGAACAUAGAGAGUUGGAAAUGGUUUUGUGGGGAGUUGACUCAAGUGUUGGAAAGUAUAUCUGGAUUAACAUUUAUAUUAGAUAGGCAGGAAGGAAUUCUUGAAGAUGUUAAUGAUUUCUUUCCACAUGCAUAUCAUGGUUACCAUCUUAAGGGGCUGUUUGAUGAAAUUCGGCAGAAGUUCGAAUGUGAUGAAUUGUUGGAUCUUUUUAGGAGUGCAACUUUUGCACUGUUUCAUUCUGAAUUUGAUGAUUGCAUGCAUCAGAUUCAGAGUAAAUAUAAAGAAGCAUGGAAUUUUGUAAAGGAUAUUAAUCCUAAGCAAUGGGCCACAUCUCACUUUCAAGGGAAGUUUAAUGUUUACUACAAUUUCUUUCCAGAAUCUUCUGGGUAUCAGUUUGUGAGUUCGGGAUAUCUUCCCAUCACUUCCAUGUUGUUAGACUUGCACGAUUACGUCACAAUCGCAUUUAACGGCAGUUUGGAAGUAAGUUCAGAGUGGAAGACGAUCUUUGUCCCCUGUGUUCAAGAUGUUAUUUCUAGAGUAGAGGAAGACUCAGAGCGUUAUUCUGUGUCAGGUAGUGCAAAAUAG